GGUGAAUUCGAGCUACAGGAUCGAGCAAUAACAAAGGCCUCUGUCAAUUCCAAAAAAGGAGCGUUGCCUAGGUGAAUUUUCCUUGUAUUAUCCCGACAUCUUGAUUAGUCGCCCGCCUAUCUACACCAGCAUUUUUUUUUAUUCCGGUCCUCCACUGUGGAUUAUGGCCGAUAACAUUGCGGGGAAAAUACUACAUGGCAACCACGCCGGGAAACCAUUCUCCCCCGACACCGGAUCGGAGGUCAUCUGCGAAAUAAAAAUGAUGUGCCGAUCCAUUUGACGGCAACAUGCACGAGCUGCGUCUGGGACUCGGAUGCAUCCUGCCAGCACUCGUUGAGGAUUGGAACCAGCGCAAGUUCAGAUAGUCAUUUCAAGUGUUCUGUUCUGCACCAUGGUCCGCUUGUCUAGAGCCCUGGUCAGGUCGGCCAUCGUUGCCGCAUACGUGCUCCCCAGCGUUUGCGCAGCCCGGCGGAACCUCAUCAUCGACACCGAUAUCUACAGUGACUGCGAUGAUGCCGGGGCCCUCCUCCUAGCGGCAGCCUCGCCAGAUGUCAACAUCCUCGGCGUCAACAUCAACACCCGCUCGUCCUACUCCUCGCUCGCAGCCUCGGCAAUCCUCGCCCACUACGGCCACCCUGCGGUCCCCAUCGGCGCCCGCAGGCCCCUGACCAACGAAUCCUUCUUCGACACCUUCUUCUACUCGCUCGGCGAGUUCACCAGCAAGGUCGCCUACCACUACCCGGGCGGCACCCUCGCCUGGGGCCGCGCCGAAGACGCCCUGGACCCCGUCAAGCUGUACCGCCAGCUCCUCGCCUCCGCCGACGACGGCAGCGUCACCAUCGCCUCGAUCGGCUUCCUGGCGAACCUGUCGGCCCUGCUCAACGCCACCUCGCCCGACGAGCACUCGCCCCUGUCCGGGGAGGAGCUCCUCCGCGCCAAGGUUUCGGAGCUGGUCAUCAUGGGCGGCAGCUACCCGUCGGGCCGCGAGUUCAACUUUUUCGGCGACGACCCGGCUCACACGGCGCACGUCAUCGGCAGCCUGUCGGCGCCGGGCAGCCCAAAGGUCGUCUACUGCGGCUUCGAGGUCGGCGAGCACGUCAUGUCGGGCAUGUCGCUGAUGGAGCAGGGCCCGGCGUCGGACCCCGUGCGCGCCGCCUACUCGUACUACACGCACCGCCUCACCGCGCGCGAGUCGUGGGACCCGCUGACCAUGAUGUACGCCCUGGACGGGCUGGGCGACCUGUUUGAGUUUGCCAACGUCGGCGGCGGCUACAACCGCGUCAACGUCACGGACGGCUCGAACGAGUGGGUCGACGACGCGUCGGUGACGAACCAGCGCUGGCUCAGGCUCAAGGUCAGCAACGAGACGGCCGCGGCGGAGCUGGACCGUCUGUAUCUGGAGGCUGCUCUGCGGUUCGCUGGCAACGAUAGCUCGGUGACGCCUGUUACUCGCCGGAGCAGGUUGGAUUUGUAGGGGCUUAUAAAUCCAAGGAUUUUGUUGGGACCAUGGCGAAAUCAUUUGUCAUGGGCGUGAUAAACUCUACAUAAUGACGACACUCUUGAUCGCUUUGGAUGUAACUCGUGGCUAUAUCUAGCUAGGCAUAAUCUAUGGAAAAUCGAAUGUAGAGAGCUAAUCUUCCAGGAGAGUAUUUGCAACCCGAACACACGUAGCUAUAAAUUACCGACUGCAAUACAGUAUCCCA